AUUCGUUCGUGCCACAGGCCAUACGUUAGGUGAAUGGGGCAUAAAUUAUGCUCUCUGCAGCGCCAUUAUUAGCUGGCUGUUUUUUGCUGCAGCAUUGUCAACAAAAUUUUUGCAGUAGAUUAUUUUUUUUACUUACUGUAUACAAUUUUAUAUGUAUUUGUUUACCUUUUCUUCAGCAAAAGAAUUGUUUUGGAAAUUGUUCUUCUGGGUGAACCGUGGAUAUUAGUCUCAUCAUCCAUCCAUGGAUCUGUGCGUGACGGCGACUCGUGUUUUUGUCGUAUUGGGAUACUUGAUUUGUAAGUACAAAAUAAUCGCCGUUGUGGAUUAUACUGACUUUAAGGUUUGAUUGUAAUAUUUAAAACCCCAGGGCGUAUCGAGCUAGGGGACAAAGUAGAUUACUAUUAUUUGAAUGAAGAGGGAAAUUUGUCAUGAGAUUAUAGAAACAUUUGGAAUAACGUAAAAUAUUUGUCAUGAGAUUAUAGAAACAUUUGGAAUGAAGUGGAAAUUUCGUCAUUAGAUUUUAAAAACAUUUGGAAUAAAGUGACCAUUUUGUCAUGAGAAUAUAAAAACAUUUGGAAUAACGUUACACAUCUCUUCACAAAAAUAUAAAAUUAUUUGGAAUAAUGUGACACAUUUCGUCAUGAGAUUAUAAAAAAAUUUGGAAUAACGUGACCAUAUCGCCAUGAGAUAAUAAUAAUAAUAAUAAUAAAGUUCAUUUCAAAAACACGCUUCAUCCCCAAAGGCUCGAAGCGCGGUACAAAGUCAACAAAAAACAAAUCUAUAAUUUACCACAUUUAAAACAAACGCAACACUACAAAAACUAAUUACAAGCAUACAAUGGCAAAGUCUUUCUAGCCAUUUCAACCCGGAGCAACACAGCCAUUAUGCAUUAACUGGAAAAUAAGGUAGACAAUCAUCCCAGAAGGUAUUUGCGAAAUAGAUGUGUCUUUAGAUCGGUUUUAAAGGACUCCAGUGUCUGGUUGUUUCUAAGAUCGACAGGAAGGGCGUUCCAAAUUGUUGGACCAGCAAAUGCGAAAGUGCGCUUUCCGUAAGUCUCAAGGCAAACACGUGGUGUCGAGAGUUUGCCACUAUCGGAUGAGCGGAGCUCUCUAGUGGGUACAUAAGGCGUCAGCAGCUCUUUCAGAUAGGACGGCGCCAGGUCAUGUAAGCAGCGGUAGCACAAAGUUGCGAUUUUGUACUCCAUGCGAGCACGCACCGGCAGCCAGUGCAGCUCUCUCAGAAGUGUAUUUGCAUGGUCAAACUUGCGUUUGCGGAGAACAAUGCGAGCCGCAUUAUUCUGUGCUAUUUGAAUUUUAUCCAGGAGCGUAGCUGGAAGACCCACCAUAAGAGCAUUGCAAUAGUCCAUGCGUGCUAGCACAAAUGCAGACAUCAGCCUCUUUGUUGCAUCAAUUGUUAGGAAUUGUUAUAAAAACAUUUUAAAAUAUCGUGACCAUUUUGUCAUGAGAUUAUAAAAACAUUUGGAAUAACGUGACACAUUUCGUCAUGAGAUUAUAAAAACAUUUGGAAUAACGUGACACAUUUUGUCAUGAGAUAUUAAAAACAUUUGGAAUAACGUGACACAUUUCGUCAUGAGAUUAUAAAAACAUUUGGAAUAACUUGACCAUUUUGUCAUGAGAUUUUAAAAAAAUUUGGAAUAACCUGACUAUUUGUCAUGAGAUUAUAAAAACAUGUGGAAUAACGUGAUAUAACGUCAACUCAAUAUCAAGCAGACAUCGUACAUCUUGGUUACGACCAAACAGAAACAUUUCCUGCUGAGGUCCUUGAAACGUCCCGGUGUGGCAUUAAAUUUUUAUUUCGAAUCCUUUUCAAAAAUAAUAUGUGAAAAUUUAGGGAAAGUAUGUCUUUUUCAAAGGUUACAUUUUAUAUUAGAAAAAAAAUUGACAGAUUCAUGUGCGCAUGGAAUAUGAUCCUAUAAAUGAGAUAGGCACGUGUUCACGGCAUUUUGAUCCUAUAAAUGACACAUCACAUGAAAUGCAAAAUGAUCCUCUAAAUGAGAGAGUCACGUGUGCAUGGCAUAUGAUCCUAUAAAUGACACAUCACCUGAGAAUGGCAUAUGAUCCAAUAAACGAUAAUCACGUGUGCAUGGCAUAUGAUCCUAUAAAUGAGAGAGUCACGUGUGCAUGACAUAUGAUCCUAUAAAUGAUAGUCACGUGUGCAUGUCAUAUGAUCCUAUAAAUGAAAGAGUCACGUGUGCUUGGCAUAUAAUCCUAUAACCGAAAGUCACUUGUGCAUGACAUAUGAUCAUAUAUACGAUCGUCACGUGUGCAUGACAAAUGAUCCUAUAAAUGACACAUCACGUGAGAAUGACAUAUGAUCCUAUAAACGAUAGUCACGUGUGCAUGGCAUAUGAUCCUAUAAAUGAAAGAGUCACGAGUGCAUGGCAUAUAAUCCUAUAACCGAUAGUCACGUGUGCAUGACAUAUGAUCCUAUAACCGAUAGUGACGUUUGCAUGACAUAUGAUCCUAUAAACGAUAGUCACUUGUGCAUGGCACAAAAACAUUUCACUUUGUCGUUGCAAGUCAUAGAACUAUGUGGUAUGGGUUGUGCAGUAUGGUAGAAAUCUGAAACAAACAUACACUCAGACUUACAACAUAAUGCUUUACACUUUACAGCCAUAUGAUGCUCUUGCUCCGUAUGACUUUCAAACGUACACCAUUUCUUGAACAAAUAAAUGCCACAAUAGAAACCCUACAACCAUCAAAUUGCAUUCCUAUAAAUGAUUUAGGCUGACGGAAAAAUAAACAGCAAGUCCUGUCAUUAAUUUUCUCUCCUAAACUUUAUUUCGCGACAUGACACUGGGAUUAAAGACUAACCUGCCAAGGCGGUCAAGGUAAGAAGAGAUUUGCUCAGAAGAGAAAACUAUAUUUAUAUUAAAAUAAGAAAUAAAACCACAAGAGGAGAAAAUAUGUGUCUCCCCCUGGUGUAGGGAGGGGGGGGCAGCAGGAUGCGGACAUCCCCCAGGCGUCACGUGUUCUUAUUAUGAAGAGGGUGGAAUGUUUCUCUUAGUAUAAUGAGGGUGGCAUUUGUUCUUCUUAUUAAGAGAAGGGGGGUGGGGGCAUUUUCUCUUCUUAUUAAGAGGUGUCACUUUCUCUCCUUAUAAGGAGUUUGGCAUUUUCUCUCCUUAUGAAGAGGUUGGCAUUUUCUCUCCUUAUGAAGAGGUGGCAUUUUAUCUUCUUAUGAAUAGGGUGGCAUUUUCUCUCCUUAAAAAAGAUGGUGGAAUUUUUCUCUUAUUAUAAAGAGGAUGAUAUUCUCUCUUCUUAUAAAGAGGGGGGGGCAUCUUCUCUCCUUAUAAAGAGGGUGGAAUUUUCUAUUAUUAAAAAGAGGGUGUCAUUUUCUCUCCUAAUAAAGAAGGUAGAAUUUUCUCCCCUUUAUAAAGAGGGUCACAUUUUCUCUCCUUAUAAAGAGGAUGGCGCUUUCCCUCCUUAUAAAGAGGUUGACAUUUUCGGUCUACGUAUUUUUUUUCCGUAGAAGGGAGAAGGAGGAGAUGAUGCUUUGUCAGCUACGAGCGGCACUAACGCCACUAACGCCACUGACGUCACUAACGCCACUCACGCCACUGACGCAACUGACGUCACUGUGACUCCCUCCCCCCCCCACACACACACACAGUACGAAUUUGACUGAAGACAAGAUACUUGUAGUGGCAGCCAAGAUCAAACUCACCUUCACAGCAAAUCAUAAAAGGGAGAAGGAGGAGAUGAUGCUUUGUCAGCUACGAGCGGCACUAACGCCACUAACCCCACUGACGUCACUAACGCCACCCACGCCACUGACGCAACUGACGUCACUGUGACUCCCUCCCCCCCCCCACACACACACACAGUACGAAUUUGACUGAAGACAAGAUACUUGUAGUGGCAGCCAAGAUCAAACUCACCUUCACAGCAAAUCAUAUGCGUCGCUCUUGUUAGCGUGGUACUUGAUGAGUUCCAAUUACUACUUUUAAAACUGCUACCGCUACUGAUGCCGCCACCGUUACCACCGCUGUUACCACUGCUGAAACUACGACUUUAACUAAUAACCACUGCAUCUACUGCCGCUACAAUACCGCUACAAUACCGCUACAAUACCGCUACAAUACCGCUACAAUACCUCUACAAUACCGCUACAAUACCGCUACAAUAUCGCUACAAUACCGCUACAAAAGAUGAGAUGCUAGCAUUAUAACACAUUAUGCUAAACGCUUCACGUGGGGAUCAGAUAUUGUGGUUUUUGCAAUAUAAAGUCUAAAAGGACAAGGCCUGUACCGGUUAAAUCCUUAUAAUCUAAUUUUACCCUAACUUCUUUAUGAAGCAACUGGCAAGCCAGGUAACUUUCAUAAUGUGUUUAAGAGUUGAGAACAUCAUAAUAUGUAUACUGAAUUACUGAAUUAGAGAGUAUGUUUGUUGAUUUAAAAAAAAAACACAUUGGGCACUUAUUUUUUAUGGCUUUUAAAUAAACUUUACAUUACAUAAUCAUGGCUAUUAAAUAAACUUUACAUUAUCUAGUCACUAUCCCGUUCGUCUUUUUGUCUGUGGAUGACAUAAAGCCAAUGUCAAGGCCGAACUGGAAAGGCUAGGCCAGCAUUUGCGCUAUUAAAGAAAAUAUGGGAGUCAAAGGAGCUGACCCUGCAAACUUAAGUCAUAUUUUUCAACAAAAAUGUCAAAACAUUCCUUGCUUGCCUUACGCAGAAAGUACAGACCUUCAUAAACACUUGCUUUAAAAACAUCCUGAACAUAAAAUGGCCAAACACCAUCACCAACAAAGACUUAGUGGAAAGAACGGACCAAAUAACUAUAUCUGAAGACAUCAUGAGGGAAGAAUGGAGGUGGGUAGGACACACUCUUCGUAAACACUACAGAUGACAUCAUCAUACAAUCCCUAGAAUGGAAUUCAAAGAGGAAGGGAAGAGAUUGAAGUAAACAUGGAGACGCGAGCUAGAGGCAGACACCCAAAGUAUUGGAAGCACCUGGAAGCCACUGCAAAGGUAAACUUAGGACCAAGAUAAAAUGAAAAAUUUGAGCAGAUGGCCAAGGCGUAGCUACAGUCGUAAUCAAACAAAACAAGCAUAUCUUUCGUAGCAUAUCUUUCGUAGCAUAUCUUUCGUAGCAUAUCUUUCGUAGCAUAUCUUUCGUAGCAUAUCUUUCAAGCAUAGUUUCGUAUCUUUUUUCUGGUCUUGAAUAUUUGAAACUACACUUAAAAUCCUAUCAAAUAAUGUUAACCCCCUCCACCACUCAGAAGCUAUUGUUGUAUUAUUUUUCAUUUCUAAUUAAUUCCUUGCUUGCCGAUUGGUUUCUUGGGCCCACGCCCAAAGGCAUGCCACCGUCUGAUUCCUUGAGAGCUCACAAUGGAAUUUUUGUUCUGUUGCCGAGUUAUUAUUUCUAGCUGGUUCUCUUUUGGUUCUUCCAUUCUCAAUAUUUUAGGAUUUCUUUUAAAGGAAAGAGAUGGACAGAAUAAAGACUGUUUGAGUUGUGAAACUACAAGGGUGGCUAUUUCAAAGUUUAAAAUUACGCUUAGAAAUAUAACAUGGGAAUCAGGAGUCAAUAUUUUUAACAACUCUAUACCCCAUCAUGAAAAAAUUCUUGUUUUCGACUCCGUGUUUCCUAUUAAACUAGUUUCCACAAUAGCACGCCCUGCCUAUCAAUUUUAAUUGUUUUUUUUCUAUAGCAUAUAUAUUAUACAUUUUAUUUAUACACAUCUAUCAAAUAGCUUGUGUCAACUAGUUAUUUCUCUGUGAGCAGCCUCUCUGUUAUUUCUUACUUAAUUAGACAUUUAAAAAAUGUAAAUAUCCGAAUAAACAGUAGCAUCAGACAAGAGUGGUAAGGUAUAAUAAAACAUUAAGCAUUCAUAUUGUCAGGUGACCCCUCAACGGCCAUUAUGCUUAGGUCCUUUCAUCUCGCCAUCUUUACGACUCAUUUAAAGCGUUGAACAUCCCAGAUAUGAAACUCGACGUGACCUUUGAAUUUCGCCUUCUCGUGACCGCCUCGGGCAGACGAACUUGGCGCGGAUGGGUAAAAAUUACCAGCACCGCUAUCAUCGCGUGUCUGCUUUUAUGAUCUACCGGGCUUGAAGAAACUAUACCAGUUUAUUAUGAAGAAACUAUACCAGAUUAUUAUAAAGAAACUAUACCAGUUUAUUAUAAAGAAACUAUACCAGUUUAUUAUGAAGAAACUAUACCAGUUUAUUAUCAAGAAACUAUAUCAGUUCAUUGUGAAGAAACUAUACCAGUUUAUUAUCAAGAAACUAUACCAGCUUAUUAUGAAUCAACUAAACCAGUUUAUUAUGAAGAAAUUAUACCAGUUUAUUAUCAAGAAACUAUACCAGUUUAUAUGAAAAAACUAUACCAGUUUAUUAUGAAUAAAAAUAAACUGGAAUAGUGUCUUGAUAAUUUUACUUAGUUUACACGUUUUUAAUGAAGAACAUUCUAUAGAAACUAUACCAGGUUCAUAGAAUGUUGCUCAUCUAAGCCAGUUGUUCAUAGAAUGUUGUUCAUCUAAGCCAGUGGUUCAUAGAAUGUUGCUCAUCUAAGCCAGUUGUUCAUAGAAUGUUGUUCAUCUAAGCCAGUGGUUCAUAGAAUGUUGUCCAUCUAAGCCAGUGGUUCAUAGAAUGUUGUCCAUCUAAGCCAGUGGUUCAUAGAAUGUUGUUCAUCUAAGCCAGUGGUUCAUAGAAUGUUGCUCAUCUAAGCCAGUUGUUCAUAGAAUGUUGUCCAUCUAAGCCAGUGGUUCAUAUAAUGUUGUUCAUCUAAGCCAGUGGUUCAUAGAAUGUUGCUCAUCUAAGCCAGUUGUUCAUAGAAUGUUGUUCAUCUAAGCCAGUGGUUCAUAGAAUGUUGUUCAUCUAAGCCAGUGGUUCAUAAAAUGUUGCUCAUCUAAGCCAGUUGUUCAUAGAAUGUUGUUCAUCUAAGCCAGUGGUUCAUAGAAUGUUGUCCAUCUAAGCCAGUGGUUCAUAGAAUUGUGUUCAUCUAAGCCAGUGGUUCAUAGAAUGUUGUUCAUCUAAGCCAGUGGUUCAUAGAAUGUUGUCCAUCUAAGCCAGUGGUUCAUAGAAUGUUGUUCAUCUAAGCCAGUGGUUCAUAGAAUGUUGUCCAUCUAAGCCAGUGGUUCAUAGAAUGUUGUCCAUCUAAGCCAGUGGUUCAUAGAAUGUUGUCCAUCUAAGCCAGUGGUUCAUAGAAUGUUGUCCAUCUAAGCCAGUGGUUCAUAGAAUGUUGUCCAUCUAAGCCAGUGGUUCAUAGAAUGUUGUCCAUCUAAGCCAGUGGUUCAUAGAAUGUUGUCCAUCUAAGCCAGUGGUUCAUAGAAUGUUGUCCAUCUAAGCCAGUGGUUCAUAGAAUGUUGUCCAUCUAAGCCAGUGGUUCAUAGAAUGUUGUCCAUCUAAGCCAGUGGUUCAUAGAAUGUUGUCCAUCUAAGCCAGUGGUUCAUAGAAUGUUGUCCAUCUAAGCCAGUGGUUCAUAGAAUGUUGUCCAUCUAAGCCAGUGGUUCAUAGAAUGUUGUCCAUCUAAGCCAGUGGUUCAUAGAAUGUUGUCCAUCUAAGCCAGUGGUUCAUAGAAUGUUGUCCAUCUAAGCCAGUGGUUCAUAGAAUGUUGUCCAUCUAAGCCAGUGGUUCAUAGAAUGUUGUCCAUCUAAGCCAGUGGUUCAUAGAAUGUUGUCCAUCUAAGCCAGUGGUUCAUAGAAUGUUGUCCAUCUAAGCCAGUGGUUCAUAGAAUGUUGUCCAUCUAAGCCAGUGGUUCAUAGAAUGUUGUCCAUCUAAGCCAGUGGUUCAUAGAAUGUUGUCCAUCUAAGCCAGUGGUUCAUAGAAUGUUGUCCAUCUAAGCCAGUGGUUCAUAGAAUGUUGUUCAUCUAAGCCAGUGGUUCAUAGAAUGUUGUUCAUCUAAGCCAGUGGUUCAUAGAAUGUUGUCCAUCUAAGCCAGUGGUUCAUAGAAUGUUGUUCAUCUAAGCCAGUGGUUCAUAGAAUGUUGUCCAUCUAAGCCAGUGGUUCAUAGAAUUUUUUGGGGUUUCGACAUUCUUUUUUUUUGGGGGGGGGAGGGGGGGUGGAGGUCAAAAGCUCGUUGCGCGUACGCAUAGGGGGGGGGGUCUUAAAAAGUAAGUGUGCAACUGCGGGUGAAGGGGUUAAAAAUGUGAUUUUCAUGCAUAAGUCUGGAAGGCUCCUAAUCGAAGAGUUGUGUAUUUAUAUUGAAGUGGGAAAUUUAAGAGACGGCUGAGUACAGUGCAGCAGAACAUUUGUUUUUAGGGCCAAAAAAAAAGGAAGGUGUGUGGUAUAAUCGUAUCAGGAAUUUUUUCGAAUGGAAGCUGGCUCAAAAUUAGUCAACUAUUUAAUAGAAUUGAUAUUUUAUUGAUUGGUGAUUCCUCCCCCCCCCCUUUUUUUUUUUCUUUUCCCCGUUAUUUCAUUUCGAACAAACUUUUCUUCAGUCAACUUUCCGAACUAACUAAUCUAUUUCAUACAAAUUCUCGGUCACAGGUCAUAAUAUUUUAUUGAUUGGUUAUUCCUCCUCCCCCUCUUUUUUUUUUUCUUUUCCCCGUUAUUUCAUUUCGAACAAACUUUUCUUCAGUCAACUUUCCGAACUAACUAAUCUAUUUCAUACAAAUUCUCGGGCACAGGUCAUCUAGUAAAGUUGUUAUCGCUGCUAUGUGGCAUACGACGUAUACAAAUCUAUUAUGAAAAAUAUUGAACAUUGGCGCUAUCCAUUUGCCUCUUUUAUAAUUUACUCACAAAUUAAGACGAUGUAAUAUAAUUUUAGACUCUUCAUAUUAAUCAGUACAAUCCGACCGUAUUUCUGGUUUAGUCUAACCGACACUGGUGCACUCCCGAUUUUAUUUUCAAUCCACCAUUGUAAAUUAUAAUGGGGUAAUAUUUCCCGCGUCACGGCAUGACAAGCUAAUGACACAUGGCAGGUGGACAACGACGUCCUUAUUAAGAGAUUUGUAUAUGUCAGAACGAUGGCCAUAUGAUUAUACGGUGAGGUUGGGGGGGGGUGAGAGCAUGGGAUAUAGAUAUAAAUAGAUAUAUAGAUAUUUAUAGAGAUAUUUUACCAGAUCUGAAAGUAUUAAAUUGAAAUCAAUAUCUGCAAAUUCAAGGCGCGGUUUGGCAAAUGUUGGAGACAAAGAGAGAGAGAGAGAUGGAAACAAAAUCCAAACAUAUAUAUUGAUGUAAAAUUGUCGGAAAAUAGACACAUAGAAGUGAAGGUCAGAGAGAGAGAGAGAGAGAGAGAGCGCAAGUGUGUGUGUUUGUGCGAGAGUUUAAGAGUGUGUAAGUGUGAAUGAGAAAGUAACAGAGAGGGAGAGUGAGAAAGCGUGUAUGUGUGUGUUACAGAGAGAGAGAGAGGGGGGAAGAUAGAGUGAGAGAGAGAGAGAGAGAGUAUGAUAGAGAGAGAUUGUGUUUGUUUGUGAGAGUGUGAGAGAGAAAGUAUGCGUGUGUGUGUGAGUGAGAGAGAGUGUGUAUGUGUGUGGUGAGAGUGAAAUUGAGAGUUUGUGUGUAAGAGCGGGAGUAGGAGUGUUUUUGUUAGUGAGAGAGUAAGUGGUGGCUGCCUACCUUAUGCCGGAGAUGUAAAUCACAGCCCCCCCCCCUCUCCCAAGUUCUACUUUUGUGACCAUCAUUAAUUUGUUUUUUCCUUGUAACUCGUCAUCAUUAAAGCAUUUUUAUCUUUUUUGUUUGUUUGUUUGUUUGUUUGUUUGUUGUUGUUUUCUUUUAGUUUUAGGUUUGUUGUGUUGUUCUUGUUUUAGGGGGAAAUUUGGUUGUUGGUUUUUUGGUAUAACAAAUGAUCAGGGAUGAACGUUACCCAGACUUUCUAAAUUAAUUUAUUUUGUCUGACGAGUGUAUCUGUUCAGUUCCACAAUGUAAAUGUGUCUGUUUAGUUCAAUAAUGUGAAUGUGUCUGUUUAGUCCAAUAAUGUGAAUGUGUCUGUUUAGUCCAAUAAUGUGAAUGUGUCUGUUUAGUUCAAUAAUGUGAAUGUGUCUUUUUAGUCUAAUAUUGUGAAUGUGUCUGUUUAGUUCAAUAAUGUGAAUGUGUCUGUUUAGUUCAAUAAUGUGAAUGUGUCUGUUUAACUCAAUAAUGUGAGUGUGUCUGUUUUGUUCAAUAAUGUGAAUGUGUCUGUUUACUCCAAUGAUGUGAAUGUGUCUGUUUAGUUCAAUAAUGUGAAUGUGUCUGUUUAGUCCAAUAAAGUGAAUGUGUCUGUUAAGUUCAAUAAUGUAAAUGUGUCUAUCUAGUUCAAUAAUGUAAAAGUUUUGUUCCAAUGCUUUUGUACGUGUCAUAUUAAAUGUCACUGUAGUCCAAUAAUGUGAAUGUGUCUGUUUAGUUCAAUAAUGUGAAUGUGUCUGUUUAGUCCAAUAAUGUGAAUGUGUCUGUUAAGUUCAAUAAUGUAAAUGUGUCUGUUAAGUUCAAUAAUGUAAAUGUUUUGUUCCAAUGCUUUUGUACGUGUCAUAUUAAAUGUCACUGUAGUGUUAGUAUUAGUUUCAUUGGCAGUGUCUUUGUCAGUAUAAUGUUAAGUGUCAUUGUCAGUCUACGCGUGAGUACCAUUACCUGUGCCAUUGUCAGUGUAAUUGUUAGUUUUUGUAAUUCCAUGUGUCGAUCUCAUAUAGAGAGUGAAAUGUGGACACAGUAAGUAAUUAGGAUAUGUGGACAUACAAAGCGAUUAGGAUAUGUAAGAAAAGAUACUUUUCUACCGUUUAGGAUUAUGUUUACAAAAUGGUGAAUUGUGGGGUUAUGCAGAAAUGUUCUGAAUACAUUCUUUGCAACCCCUUAAAGCCUCACCACAGUGACUGUAUCCGCUAAAAUCCCGCCAUAACUAAUUAAACCCCAUUCAAAUCCCCGUCCUCAGACAUGACUCCCAGCUGCUGGCCAUCUCCCCGUCCUCAGACAUGACUCCCAGCUGCUGGCCAUCUCCCCGUCCUCAGACAUGACUCCCAGCUGCUGGCCAUCUCCCCGUCCUCAGACAUGACUCCAAGCUGCUGGCGAUCUCCCCGUCCUCAGACAUGACUCCAAGCUGCUGGCGAUCUCCCCGUCCCAGUUGUUUCUUUAGAAUGUUAGAAUCUUUAAUAAAAAGUAGUUCAAAGUGUAAUAAUUCAACUUGCCAUUCAUGGUUUUUAUUAGUUACCUCAAGUAAAGUUUCCCUGCAUUAAAGAACAUAUGCUGCUACAUGAUGUACAAAGAACAUAUGUUGCUACAUGAUGUACAAAGAACAUAUGCUGCUACAUGAUGUACAAAGAACAUAUGCUGCUACAUGAUGUACAAAGAACAUAUGCUGCUACAUGAUGUACAAAGAACAUAUGCUGCUACAUGAUGUACAAAGAACAUAUGCUGCUACAUGAUGUACAAAGAACAUAUGCUGCUACAUGAUGUACAAAGAACAUAUGCUGCUACAUGAUGUACAAAGAACAUAUGCUGCUACAUGAUGUACAAAGAACAUAUGCUGCUACAUGAUGUACAAAGAACAUAUGCUGCUACAUGAUGUACAAAGAACAUAUGUUGCUACAUGAUGUACAAAGAACAUAUGUUGCUGUAUGAUGUACAAAGAACAUCUGAUGCUGUAUGAUGUACAAAGAACUUAUUUUGCUAUAUGAUGUACAAACAACAUAUGUUGCGGUAUGAUGUACAAAGAACAUCUGAUGCUGUAUGAUGUACAAAGAACUUAUGUUGCUAUAUGAUGUACAAACAACAUAUGGUGCGGUAUGAUGUACAAAGAACAUCUGAUGCUGUAUGAUGUACAAAGAACGUAUGUUGCUUUAUGAUGUACAAACAACAUAUGUUGCUGUAUGAUGUACAAACAACAUAUGUUGCUGUAUGAUGUACAAACAACAUAUGUUGCUGUAUGAUGUACAAACAACAUAUGUUGCUGUAUGUUGUAGAUCGGUCAAAGAAUUUAAUAAAGAAAAAAAUUCAUUUUUCAAGUCUAAAACGCAUCAUUAAAUUGCAAUGACCAAUUUGUUUCUUAUCCCAUCACUCUUUCUACUGGCACAGGUAAAGUCUUCACCCAACCUGCCAGUGACCAAUAUCUUUAAUUUCCCAUCAUUCUUUCUACUGCCACAGGUACAGCCUUCCCCCAACCUGCCAGUGACCAAUAUUGUUAAUUUCCCAUCAUUCUUUCUACUGCCACAGGUACAGCCUUCCCCCACCUGCAAGUGACCAAUAUUGUUAACUUCCCAUCAUUCUUUCUACUGCCACAGGUACAGCCUUCCCCCAACCCGCCAGUGACCAACCCUUUCUCACCCCGCAGUGUUCUAACGCUGAGCUCCUGGCCGCCUGUCAAAGUAACUUCUCCCAGGCUGUAGCCUCCACGUCACCUGAUAAUAAAGCUGAACUCUGCAAGUGAGUCUUGACUUCAUAAGCAUCCUCUUUCCUAAGAUUUUUAGUGUGUACAGACUUUUUUGUACAAAGACAAAAUCGUUCAACUCGCAUCAGAGAUGGCGAGUGAUUGACGUGCUUUUUUUCCCAAAUGCACACCGUCGGCUUUGAUAGCGUGUAUGUAACUCUAAUAUAUUCAUCAAAGGUUAUGCUCUAAUUUCUGGAACUUCUGUACAUUCCAGGAUCCGCUUCAAGUACCUGACUUGCACUGAACAAGCCGUCUGCACGUGCCAGUAUCCCAAUGAGUACCUGAUGAUGGCGCAGGCUUACAAAGAAAUCACGAGAAACGUUUACACCAUGAGUCAGGACAAUUGCCAGACAUGUGAGAACCGCUAGGAAACUUGGGUUUUGUAGAUUAUGACCGCCGCUAGAUCUAAACGUAAUGGCUCAAGGACCGGUGAUUGUCAGGGACAGACUCUGUCCAUUAUUAUUUCAAAAAAUGUCUUUUAUAAUGCUCUCUUGAAAAAAAUUUCACUAGGCUGUUUAAGAAUGACUUGUUUAAGAAUGACUUUUUUAAAUGACUUGGUAAAGAAUGACUUGUUAAAGAAUGACUUUUUUAAGAAUGACUUGUUUACAAUGAUUUUUUUAAGAAUUAUUACUAUUUUAAGAAUUACUUUUUUGAAAAUGACUUGGUAAAGAAUGACUUGUUAAAGAAUGACUUGUUUAAGAAAUACGUGUUCAAGAAUGACUUGUUUAAGAAUGAAUUGUUGGAGAUUGACUUGUUUAAGGAAGACGUGUUUACGUAUGAAUUGUUUAAAGAUGACUUGUUUAAGAAUGACUUGUUUGAGAAUGACUUUUUUUUUUUAAUUAUUCAGAUUCAAUGUUUGAUAUGUUCUUAUCCUUUUAAUUACUUUUUUAUAAAAAAUUAUACUUCCUUUGUUUCCAACUUUUGAAGACGACUCCCAGUACACCGUCAAACCUGGUAUUUGGUGCGACCAAAGCAAAGUUAGUACCUACAAGGUGUCGAUGAACACGUCUGCAGGUGAGUAG